AUGUCGUCCGCGUCCGUCGCCGCGCGUCCCCUCCGAACGACGUCGCGCGCCGCUCGCGACAUCGUUCGCGAGAGCGUUCGCCGAGCGCGCGCGGUCGCGUCGUCGUCGGAGCGACCCCCCGCCCCAGAAGCGCGUCGCCGUCCGAUCCCGAUCGAUCGCCGAACGCUCCUCCUCGCCUCCGCGACGGCGGCGUCGUCGCGCGCGCUGGUCCUCGCGACGCUCCGCGCGGACGCGGCGGACGAGACGGACGAGACGGAGAGAGAGACGACGCGCGCGUCCGCGGGCGGCGCGCGGGAUGAUCCGGACGGGCGGUCGGCGUCGACCUCGACGGCGACGUCGACCCCCGACGGCGACGGCGCGACGCGCGACAGCGGCGAGGACCCGUGGGAGGGGUCGUACGUCAAGCCCGCGCUGUCGGUCCGCGAGUACGUCGAAGAGAUCGACAAAGAGCGCGACGCCGCGUUCGCGACGCUGCGCGCGCUGUGCGCGUCCUCCAAGUUUGCGGCGCUCUCGAACGAGCUCGUGCUCGCGCCGACGGACGACGUGCGACAGGCGGCGUACUACCUUCCGUGGGCUCUCGUCAAGUUGGAUGAAGACGCGGGCGUCACGACGCAGCGCGCGUGGUCGGAGAUGCGAGACGCGCUGACGUACUUGGACGCGACCGCGAUCGACGCGAGUCGGUACGACGCGGAGGAGGAGGACGUGAUGGCGGGGAUCGAUAGGGUGGAGCGCGCGCUGGACGCGCUGGUGGACUCCGUGCCGGCCGCGUAUCGGUGA